GGCAGGACCUCAUCUUUUUCUUCAAACAGCUCGAGCAAUUUGUUGAUGGAUGGAUGAGAGCCGAGGGCUUGUUGCACCAGGAUCUUUCAUUUUGUACCCAUACUAGCGCUAGUAUUAGUAUUGCACCGCGCUUCAAACAACUUGUGGUGGAAAGAAGUCUGGUUGACUGAGCAUCUAUUGUUGGCGGCUCGAUCUCCUCUUUUAUCUUUUCCUUCUGUUCUCUUGCUGUUGCCAAAAAAUGAAGCUUUCUUUGCAGUCGACGGUAUUGCUGUGUUUGGCCCUUGUGGCGGAUGCUACUAUUUCAAGCAGUGGCACACGCCAACUGGCUGGUCUGAGCCCAGAAGAAAUCGCCGCCCAAGAUCCCAGCAAUGUGGAUGGCGAAGACGAAGAGCAACGUCAAGUUCCUGCUGUCUUGGAGCUUGUGGUGAAUGCGCUGGGUGGACAAGACGCUCUGAUGGAUGUGUCGUUGGUGGAGUACUUGGCAUCGGGUGCCACCUUUGUCGCCUACGAAGGUGCCACACCGGAGAGUCUGGUCAAUGUGAGCACGUACGACCGCUUCCUGCAGUUUAGUGAUCUUUUGGAAGAAAAUCUGCGUGUGCGUGUCGAAGAGACCAUUCAACCCUUGUUUGAAACCUUUCGCUUCUUUCCACCGGCCAACACGACACGCACGGCUCACGGUGAUGGUGGUAUCGGUCCCGUCGGAGUACUGGAAGGCAGCUACCUGUUUGCGGCCAAUGGGACCAUGCCCACGGCCUCUGCGGUGGCGUUGAUCCGACAAACGUACCUGUUCAAUCCGCAUGUCUUUCUAAAAUCUGUACUAUUGGGUUCAGCGAACCUCCUCGAAGUGGACGAUGAUACAUUUGUAUACGAUGAUUUCAUCUCGCCCAUUACAUUCACCAUUGAUACCGACACUGGGUUCAUUGACUCACUCACACUCACGGAGAGCAACGAUCUCUUGGGAGAUGUCACCGUCACCAUUGCCUAUUCCAACUGGUCCCUGGUCACCGACACUGGACUUGUGUUCCCGGCAUUUGUCCAACAGACUGUCAAUGAAUUCGUCUUUUGGCAAGAAGAACGCUACUUUGUACAAUCCUACAACAACGACAACACUGACAUUAAACUUGACGAGCUAUUCGAAUUGCCACCGGGCACGAAUUCCACCGUGGAUUUCGACAGUUAUGAAUAUGGGUUGACAUCCCAUCACCUAGAAGCCGUGUGGUUCAUGACGGGAUUCUAUUCAUUUCCCUUCAAUCCAACCAUUGGCGAUCCCGUCGAAAUUAUUCCAAACCAAGUCUAUGUCAUUCCCUCGUUUGAGACGGCACAAUCCGUCGUUGUGUAUUUCAACAAUGGUACCAGUGCCAUUCUCAUUGAAGCACCGUCAUCGGCCCAACACGGAGCCACACUGGUGAACUUGGUACAAGAAGAACUCGCCCCUCUUCCCGGAUCCACCGUCCUCACGCAUCUCAUACAAUCUCAUCAUCACAUUGAUCAUUCCAGUGCCGUUCGAGAGGUCAUGGGAGAAACCAUGGGCAAUGCCGAACUCAUUGUCGGACAUGGAGUGGAAGAAUGGUGGCGUACCGAUGUCUUUGAUGCACCCUCCACGUUGUUACCGGACGCCUGGGCAUACUCCAAUUUGACGGGAGACGACGCCAUGAUUUUCUCCGUCCAAGACGCUGGUGCCAAUGUUCUUGUCAAUGAAACCGAUCUCAAGGUCUUUGUCGCCAGUGUUCCCGCCGAACAUGCCGAAGAUAUGGUCGUGACAUUGAUUGAAACACCGCAAGGACUCUACGUGUACGUGGCAGAUCUCUACAAUGCCGGCAUUGGCUUCACCGUGGCCCUGGGAGGACCGCAAGAAUUUUUUGACUUUCUGCGCAGCAUCAAUGUUAUUGAUGAUGCUUGCCAGUCAGACUUUCCACUCUUCUUUAUUGGAGCUCAUGGAUUGCCGACGCUGUCCUUGGAAGACGCAUUGGAGGAAUUUUCUACUCUUGGUGUGGAUGUUGGAUGUUAGUUACGAUACUACAAUCAUGUGUGGUUCAUGGUCCCAGCCCUCAUUCAUUGGGACCUGUAUGGUAUGGUUUGUGGCUAUCCUACCUCUCUCCGUAGCUCGCUUUCUUGUGACGAAAACUGUGGUACUGUUAGUUAGGCAGAGGAAGACGUAAAGGUUAAAGCUCGAUUUUGUCGUGACGAAUGCUGCUGGCAGUAAAGGUUUUAAAAAGCUCCAUUUUGCUUGUUGCAAAUACAUGUAAGACUGAUAGAUCAUCACCUGGUACGGUGGGGUAAGCUAGUGGCCGCGUAUCUAGAGGGCUAAGUGGCAUGAAGUGUUGUUACCAGUUGCAGUGGGC